CCAAAGACGACGCCCGAUUUAAAUUAUCCGCCGGCCACCCAGUGUUGUUGCUGUCGCUUUUGCCAUUACUCUCUCCGUUUUUUCCCCAUACUGUGAAUCGUUGGUUGUCUGUAUUUUGUACUUCGUGUUAAUCCGUGUUAAAUGCUUCCUAUCGUGAGAAGUGUAGCUGUUUCCCCAUGUUUACCCUGUUUGUUACUGUCUCAUUUGUCCGCCAUGCUGAGGCAUUGGGACAGAGAAGGCUGGAAUCGCAAUGUGUGUCGGCUGUGGAAGUCAGAUUCAUGACCAGUACAUACUAAGAGUUUCCCCGGAUUUGGAGUGGCACGCCGCGUGUUUGAAGUGCGCGGAUUGCAAUCAAUACCUGGAUGAAACCUGCACUUGCUUCGUCCGGGAUGGGAAGACAUACUGCAAAAGAGAUUAUGUAAGGUUAUUUGGCAUUAAGUGUGCUAAAUGUAACCUUGGCUUCAGCAGCAGUGAUCUCGUCAUGAGAGCUCGGGACAACGUCUAUCACAUCGAGUGUUUCAGGUGCUCGGUAUGUAGCAGGCAGCUCCUGCCAGGGGAUGAGUUCUCUCUCCGAGACGAGGAACUGCUAUGUCGGGCUGAUCACACCUUACUGAUGGAGCGGGGUUCCGCAGGAAGUCCCGUCAGUCCCGGACAUAUCCACUCCAACCGGUCACUCCACUUGGCAGCAGAUCCAGUGACAGUGCGACAGACAACGCACAGAAACCAUGUUCACAAGCAGUCCGAGAAGACCACACGUGUGCGGACAGUGCUGAAUGAGAAACAGCUUCAUACACUGCGGACCUGCUACAACGCCAAUCCGAGGCCCGACGCCCUUAUGAAGGAACAAUUGGUAGAAAUGACCGGCCUCAGCCCGAGAGUGAUAAGAGUUUGGUUCCAGAACAAACGCUGUAAAGACAAGAAGAGAUCUAUUCUCAUGAAGCAACUUCAACAGCAGCAACACAGUGACAAAACCAACCUCCAGGGACUCACGGGUACGCCUCUCGUAGCUGGCAGUCCAAUUAGACACGAUAACACUGUUCAAGGUAACCCCGUGGAGGUGCAGACCUACCAGCCCCCUUGGAAAGCCUUAAGCGAGUUCGCUUUGCAGAGUGAUUUGGACCAGCCUGCCUUUCAACAACUGGUGUCUUUCUCAGAAUCGGGCUCCUUGGGUAAUUCUUCCGGAAGCGAUGUUACCUCUCUAUCUUCACAGUUACCCGACACUCCAAACAGCAUGGUACCGAGCCCUGCCGAGACAUGAGAACCACCGAAGCAACAAAACCCCCAGAAAAGCAUGCUCCCGACACCCUGCAUGAAAACAAACCAAUUCAUCAAAAAAAAAAAAAAAAAAAAAAAAAAAUUCCGUUGAAGACAGAACACUGAAGAGGAUAUAGCAUGAUAGAGGCUGAGUUCGGGAACAAUUCCCUAUAAUGCAAAAAAAAAAAAAAACUCUCAAGACUCGGUUAGCAUCGUGCGAAUUUGGUUGAGCCAAUUAUGGCGAUGCAACAACUUCCAACAGGAGUCCAACAGGAAUGGAGCCAUCUUUAUGGAUAUACAAACCUUUUUUUCAGAAAUUAACUGGGAGCCAUUGACGUCUGCGUCGAACCUUACGAACAACUUUAUUUCAUUCUUGGCCAUCAUUGUGUCUUUUUUCGUCAACAUGUGAUACUUUUUUUUCUAUUUCGUUAUUGAGUCGUGUUUGUCUUAAUACGCAUGAUUUCCGAAGAUAGGAGAGAUUCUUGUAAAAUAUUUUACCUUAAUGGACGGAGGGAAGGUUAUUUGAGCCUCUGGAACAAAAAUAAGUUAUUGUUAUUUAUUGUCAGAACAAGUUCACACAGGAAUAUCUGACCGUAAUAAAAUAUGUUAAAUGCUCA